AUGGCGUCCAAUACACAUGUGGAUAGUCGCGUUCAAGAGCGUCGUUUACGACCGAUUUACGAUUGGCUUGAUUCUGGCAAUAAUAAAAAAGCUUUGCAAGAAGCUGAUAAAGUAUUAAAAAAACAACCUAAUUUUCUUUGUGCAAAAGUCUUGAAAGCAUUAGCUCUUCAAAGACUUGGCAAAGAAGCCGAAUGUGAAGAAAUAUUAGAUGGAGUUUGCAGUCAAGUUCCUACAGAUGAAGCCACUCUUCAAGCCAUUACAAUUUGUUACAGAGGAGUUCAUAAACCGAAUAAAAUAUGUGAUGUGUAUUUGGCCGCAUCGAAAAAAGAUCCUAACAAUGAAGAAUUAUUGACUCAUUUGUUUAUGAGUUAUGUUAGGAUAGGGAAUUAUAGAAAACAACAUCAACAUGCUAUGAGUUUGUACAAACUCAGACCCAAAAAUCCUUAUUAUUUUUGGGCAGUUAUGAGUGUAGUAAUGCAGGCAAAAGGAGAUGAAAACAUGGAAAAAACUGUAGCGUUAAAGUUGGCUGAAAAAAUGGUAUCGAAAUUUGUUACAGAGGGAAAAAUCGAAGCUGAACAAGAAGUGCAGUUAUAUCUUAUGAUUUUAGAAAUGCAAGGUAAAUACGAAGAAGCUUUAGAUGUUAUCGAAGGCGAAUUAGGCGAAAAACUCAAGUCUCUCAUUACGACUGCCAUCAAAAGAAUAGAAUUAUUAAUCAAAUUAGAAAGAUGGAAGGAAGCUAAUGUUUUAUUAAAAUGUCAAUUGGAAAAGAAUUCUGAUAGUUGGUCCGAUUAUAAAAACUAUCUUAAAACAUCAUUGAAAUUAUACAGCGAAAUUCCCAUAACUAAUAAUGGUAAAGAAUAUAUAUUGUGGUACGAUGCUGACUACACUCCACAAAUGGUUUUAACUUUUUUCAAUCAACUUAUUAAAAGUAGCGAAGAAAAUAAAAAAAAAUUAAGGGGGCCAUAUUUAGCUCAACUUGAACUUUACAAAAGGCUAGAAGAAGAAUCAUAUGAUGCAGAAGCUAUUGUAGGAAACAUAACGGAUUUAUUUGUAAAUUAUUUUGAAAGAUUCGGAGAGAAGCAAAUAUGUGUUUCGGAUUUAAAACCGUAUCUAUCUCUUUUAAAAGACAAAUCAAAAUUAAUUUUUAGAAACAAAAUAAAUGAAAUUGUAGGACUCGAAGAUGGUGAACCUGCGCCUACGAUUUCUAUUUUACAAAAGCACAUAUCAUAUUUACAAAUAUGUAGAUUAUUAGGAUUACAUAGUCAAUAUUCAACGGGUGAAAAAUUACAAUUUUGUAAUUCAUUAAUUAGUCAUUACGAAUCGAGUCAAAAAUUAGUCAGUCCGGAUAAAUUGCCUACCGAAUUCUCGUGUAACGAUCCUUAUAUUGUGUUGCUCAGUCACGUGUUAUUUUCUAUUUACCAAGAAACAAGGAGUAGAACUCAUAUAAUUCGAGCUAUUUAUUAUUUAGAAAAAGCAUUAGCCAAAAGUCCGUCAAAUUUUCAUUUUAAACUUCUCCUUGUUAAAUUUUACGUUUUAUUAGGUGCUGGUUCACAAGGUUUUCACUUUUACGAACAUUUGGAAGCAAAAUACAUACAAUUAGAUUCAAUGGGUUAUUUGUUUUCAACGUCCAUAUACGGCCUGGGAAAUUUUUCAGGGACCGUCGCAUUAUACGACACGACACUCAAAUUUUUUUUGAACAACACCACCGACAGUGUCGAUCAUUUGACGUACGCUUACAAAUACGGAUCAUUCAUGAAAAUUCAAGAAUUCAUUGAAUUUCGCGACAGGCUAAACGAUUCGCUUCAUUUUACUUUUUGCACGAUAGAAAAAAUGUUACACGAUUUACUAUGGACGCAAGAUUAUUCGCAGUCGAAAAUGACGAUAAAAAGUAUGGAAGUCAAACCUGGAGUGCAAAAAAUAUCCUGGUCGAAACUUCAAGACAAUCGGGAUUUAAACGUGAUCGCGUCGUUCGAACCACCCGAAAAACAACUCAACGAAAAAACAAUUGGAAAAAGUUUUGAAAAUUUAAAAAAUUACGUUAGGCUACGGGAUUCGAUAUUGAAAUCCCUGUGUGCUGUUUUUGAUUUCGUCAACGACGGCCAAUCGGAACAAAAAAAUAACCAACUUUUACAAAAUGGAGAUUCAAUUUCUUUUAAGGACGUAUUAAUAAAAUCGGUCGAUGAAAUGAAUUGUAUAUAUAACGAACUCAAAUCUCAGGAUUUAGAUUUGGGCGUACAGGAUGUUAUAAAUUCUCCACCGCCGUGUAGAUUAAAAAGUUUCUUAGAGUUGCCGAUAGGCGGAGUGAUAAGCGAAAUGGUAGAAAUAUUACUUUUAAUUGAAUCGAGUAAAACGGAUGAGAAUAAAAUAAUAAAUCAUUCGAAAUCCGUGUCGGACGUACUCAAAACUUCGGCAAAAUCUUGCUUGGAAAAUUUAAAUCCGAAUUUAUAUCAGUUAAGAGACGUUUUAGAAAAAUUGGUCGGUGCCGUUGAAAUGUUUGCAAUAACAAUUAUUCUAUGCGGAAAUUUGAAAUCGUGCAUCAAAAGCGCAAAGAAAAAUUUGAAAAAGGGAAAAAAGAAAAAAGAAGACGAAGAGAAUAACGAUUAUUCAAUAUAUAAAAAUAUACUUAAAGACUUGUCGGAAACAAUAACGGAAGUAGAUGAAGCUUUAAAUAAUUUUAAUAAAGAAAUAACAGAGAAAUUAACUGCUAGUGAGAUGGAAGCUUUAAAUUUAAACGAGUCAAAUAAUAUAAUUGAAAGUAUAGAAAAAAAAUUAUUUAAAAGCUGUAGUGAAUCUGUUCAAGAAAUAAGACAUUUUUUACAAGAAAAACAAUUUUACAUAAACUCAAUAAAAAAUUAG